AUGCUGCCUCAUAACUCAGUCUCCUCAAGCCCAUCGUCACCACCGCCUCUCCAUGAGCGGCCGCCCGGUGCUCGGAUCACACGUGCCUGUGAGCGCUGCCGCUCCCGAAAAGUCCGCUGCGAUGGCCAUACUCCUUGCGCCGGCUGUCGACCGCGAAAUUUCCCCUGUAUCUACCGAUCCGCCACAAGACCGAGGAGGCAAGGAAAAAGAAGGUUGCUGGAUAGUCGAUCCGCCAUCUCGGCGGAAAACGACCCGCAAACCCGUUUGAUUCGAGUCCCCAAUGAUCCCGUUCAGUUCAAACGACACCGCGAACUACGCGCUGGAAUUGGUGUCUCCAAUGUCGAUACCGGUUCUUUCCAAUUCUACGGCCCCUCUUCGCAUUUCUGCUUCAUCCAGCGUAUGUGUCAGCGCAUCGCGCGAUCCACACAUGAAACCAUCGUUACCCCGAAUAACGCGGUGCCGGAUGGCGUCCGCAAAUGGAACCUGGAGCGCUUUAUGUUCUGUGUCAACGGGUGUCAAGGUACAACCGGACCGCAUGCUGCCUACAUCUCGCAGGAGGUAGGAAUUGGCCUGAUUGAUUCGUACUUCGAGAUUCUCCACCCGCAGAUCCCCGUGCUGAACUACUCCGAGAUCGUCGACCAAUGGAAAUCUUUAUGGAAGCCCCCAGCGCAACAAAAGCUCGACAAGCGUAACGAGAUUCUUUUUAUUGUUCUGGCUAUCGGCGCCCGCGUUACCAUCGCGGCGGGCCAACAGGAGACCUCGUUGCUAGAAGGAUGGGCGGACCAUUUCGCCGCGCAGGCAAAUCCGAACACUGCCGUCUUGGAGGACCCCAGUCUAUCCACCACGCAAUUGCUGCUUCUGAGAGCAAUGUAUGCCUACCAGGUUAUGCGGCCGAAUGAUGCCUAUUUGUACCUCGGCCACGCCGCUCGCAAUGCCAUGGUGCUGGGAUUCAAUCGAUCCCAGGUCAUGGACGGGACCAAUGCGACUGUCCAUGCGCUUAAACGCACCUUCUGGACUGUCUACGCCCACGAACGCAUGAACGCUCUUUACGCCGGCCGUCCAUCUGCUUUUCGUGACGAGAUGAUUGAUGCUCCAUAUCCUGAAGACCUCCCCUUACCCACCACGACGGACACAUCGACAGACAGCAGUGACAGCCACCACGGCCCAACUCGGCUUUGCGGCUUUAUACGCGCCAUGGCCGGCGUCGCCCGCGUUGCUGACCUGGCAUUCGUCAAAAUCUACUCCCCUGCCAGCGUCGCCAGCAUGGCACAAAUCGCACUGUUGCCGGCAGCGGUAGCCGGGAUCGACGGACUGCUAGGCGCUGUAACGCGCGACCUGCCCCUGUACCUCCAGUUCUUCGACGCAGCCUUACCAAUCGGCUCAGGCUGGCAGGAAGUUCAACGCCUGACGCUGGGCAGUAAUUAUUAUCAGACGCAAAUGUUGACACAUCGUCCGGCCUUGCUCUUCAGGGCCUUCUUCGCCUCGCUCGACGAGGCUCAGCGGCGUACAGGCCACACUUUAGAGCUAGAGCACUCUAUUCAGGAGACCUUGACCGCCGCAACGAACAUCAUCAACUUGACUCAUGACGUCUAUUUCCGGCGGUGCCCCCGCGCACGCUUCGACGGGUCUUCGGCUACUAUCAUGGUCGCUGCCGCUGUCACCCUACUGUAUGAUGUGCUGGAUCCGACGACGGGCGCGGAGCACGCGCGCGAGGUAUUCGCUACGGUGGAACGGGCCGUGGAGUGCCUGGAUCAGAUCGAGCAUGUCGGUCCCACCUCGGGGAAAGCCGUGAGUCUGGAUGUGAUGCGCAUCGCGAAGGAGGCGUUGCGAAUGACGACAACGGAUGUCGAGGUCAACCAAGAUUUCAUUGGGACGUUUCCGUGGUUACAGUGCGUUCUCGUGUCUUUCUUUCGCUGUCCGCUCAGAUCAUUCAGAAAGACUUACCAUAUUUCGCAGGUAUAAUCUGCUAGUUCCACCAAACAGCGCCGCUCUGCCGUAUGAGGCGCCACACCCCGAUCUUGGAGCAGUACCUGUCUCCACCCAGGGCCAAGGUCACUUAUCCUCCGCCCCGGAUACCGUACCACCGCAGGACCCUGCGCUGCACAUUCCGGCCACGAUGCCAAAUUACAUGUCCUACUGGCUGGAAGCGGGCUUCUCCCCGGAGAACAUCCCAAGCUCCUUGUUCUAGUCGUCUCGAGUUUGAUGUGUUAGGUAGAUACGGUAGAAAGAAUAGAACACCGUUGAG